UCGUCCACUCAGUAAAUUGAUGGCCUCAAGAAAAUUGACACGCCCGGGUCUUCAUUAAAUCAUUUGUGUUUAAGUGAUAUUUUUAAGUUAUGACAGUGAUUUUUUAAAUUUCGAAAUGCGUUUUCAAUUCACGAGACGGCAGUGGUCCACAAUUAUUGUUAUUUCAAUUGCAGAUUUUUGUAAUGCUAUCUGUGUUGCUUUACAGGCGCCAUUCUUUCCUCAGGAGGCAGAAAACAAAGGAUGUACGGCAACAGAAUAUGGACUUGUAUUUGGAGUGUUCGAGCUUGUGGUUUUCAUCAUCAGUCCCUUUUAUGGAGCUCAUUUGAACAGGCUUGGACCUAAAGUAGUCUUCAACGCCGGUAUACUGACUACCUCAACAUGUGCUAUACUAUUUGGGUUCCUAGACAAGGUGGACGGCCACGUACCAUUCGUGACUCUAGCAUUCGCAAUACGCAUAGUAGAGGCUUUGGGUAAUGCGGCGUUUUUGACAGCUUCCUUUGCCAUCAUUGCCAAGGAGUUCCCUAAUAAUGUGGCUACUAUGUUUGCAUCCUUGGAAACAUUUUUUGGUCUCGGAUUAAUCGCUGGUCCAAUGAUAGGAGGCGCCCUCUAUGGCAUUGGGGGUUACUCUCUGCCCUUUGCCGUACUUGGAGCCACGCUCUUUUGCACAGCAUUGUUAUGCUACAUCACCUUACCAAAGUCCUCCGACGAUGAAGAUUAUAAGCAUUCAGGGCCGUCGAUGCUCACUCUUCUCCGAGUACCUGGAGUUCUGAUAGCGUCCUUAAGUAUAAUAUCAACCAGUAUGAGUAUUGGGUUCCUUCAAGCGACGUUAGAACCUCAUUUUCGACAAGUUCAUUUCAACUUCUCUCCAGUAGUUUUGGGUUUAAUAUUCGUGAUCAAUGGGGGUUUUUAUGCGGUAUCUGCACCAGCGUGGGGUUGGUUAUGCGACCAUCCCGCGGUUAAACCCAAAUAUAUAACCAGUAUUGGGCACAUGUUUGUGGUGGCCGCUUUCUUGUUAAUUGGCCCAGCGCCGUUCUUUGAUAUGCCAACAAUAUUGUGGGUGACAGUUUUGGGUCUAGUGCUCCACGGGCUUGGAAUGGGAAGUCUCCUAGUGUCGUCUUUCUCAGACGCCUUAAGUACUGCUAUUUCAAAUGGCUUCCCAAACUCAAUAGAAACGUAUGGGUUAGUUUCUGGUUUGUGGACCUCGACUUUCGCCCUCGGAGCCUUUAUUGGUCCAACUGUGUCUGGAGUACUUUUUGAUUCCAUUGGAUUCAGAAGUAGCACAGCGUUCAUCGUAAUACUACAUAUCAUUGUUACGUUAAUGGUACUGGUGUACAUGUGGACCUGUGACCGCUCGAAGAUGGAUCUCUCAGUAUCCGCUGGAGACCUUUUGCAAAUGGAUGGGACUCUGGACAAGGGUGUGCUUACUGGGGAGGACUUUAUACCCGCUUCAAGACCUAAAAGCCGUCGCUAUGGCAUAAGCCUGGAGCGAUCUCGGCCUCCAGCGAUGAACAGUCUUAUCGCCUGUUCGAGUUAUAAGAACCGUCGUAGCCCCUGGAGUCAGCGUACUCCACGGUACAGGCCUUCGUAUGGCAGCUUGGAUACGAGGUUCAGAGGCACUGUGUCUAUUACAUAGGGCACUUAACCAUUUCCCGGUUAUUAAAAUGAAGCCGUAAAAUGUUCUUCCUAUACAAAGAUUACUUUAAGCUUGAAGCAUUUAUUUUCAACUAUUAGGAAAUUAAAAAUAUACUUUGAAUGAUGUUAUUCAAUGUUUGUGCAUUUAUGUUGCAUUAUAUAUGAGUUGAAUGCAUUUAAAAUUGCUUUUAAUAAGAGGCGUAUUUUUUUUUAAAAUAAAUUGUUCGUUAAAAGUAGCUACUAGCUAGUACGCUAAAUCGUCGCUUUAAAACUAAUAAUGUACAAAAAUAUUCUAUUACUAAAUAUUGUGUAGAAAAUAAAUAAUACAUAUAUAUACAAACUAAAUAUGUAUUACAAAUAGUUCUUAUACUAUAAACACUAAAUCCAAAGUUACUAGUUUUUAAAUAUUUUGCUUUAUAUAAUUGCUCAAUAAAAUAGUAAGGCGUUUUAAUUUGUGAUGUGUAUUUUGCAAGUAAAAUAUAUUCGAUGUAAAAUAUUUUAAUGUCACAUUUGAGAAUAAAAUAAAAUAGAAAUGAAAGAAAAAAAAGUUGGAAAGCCAAUAUUAUAGCAACAAAAAUUAUAAUUGAGACUCUCCUGAUUUCUAUUUCCGGAGAAAUAAUUUAUUUUAGAUGUUAUCACUUACCUAUAUAGAAUAAAUCUUAAUUAUAUACAGAAUCUAC